AUGACUCAUCAGAAGAUGAAGAAAAUAAGAAGUAAUCCACCCUCAAAGCUACAAAAUAAGAAGCUUCCUCAUCCAUCAGUCAGUUUAAUUGUUCUCCCUAUUUGCAAUACAUCACUCUUCCUCCUCCUCCUCUUCAAGAAAAAAGAAAUAAAGACUCCUCCUACUCCAACCAAACUCAAAGGGAAAGGAAAAAUUGAUGAAUCAGAAGCUAUUCAUUUAAACUACAAGGAAUCAUCUAAUACAAAAACUAAAGAGCUCAAAAUGAUCACAGAAGAGUUGGGAUAUCAAGCUGCUGUAAAGCUGAAAGCCGAGCUUGAUCAUCAAGUUGCUUUGGAAAAAGAAAAUGUUGUUGGGUCAAGCCCAAUCGAAGAAGAUUUGUCUACUGAAGAUGAUGACAAAAUCAUAGUUGAUGAAGACGAAGACAAAGAAGAUUAUGAUAAACCAAUCUCCUCAAUUCUCAACAAAAGGAAUCCUUAA